GUUCAGCCCUGGGGGUUACAGGAAGUUGUAGCUGCCAUGUUUAGCUGCUUUGUUGUAGAUUCCUUGUAGGUUUCCUGCAGAUUUUAGCUUGUGUUGCCAAGUGUUGCAAUGGAACCGAGCUGGAGUACGUUUUUAUUCCAACAGGCCAAUGAGGCUCUGCAUCACCAGCACCAAGUAGCCGGGAACAGCCUCUUGCCUUUGCUCAGUUCUGGAACAGAGCCACCUGAUCAGAAACCGGUGCUGCCCAUUCCCUUGGACCAGAAACCCCCUGUCAGUGCUGCAGAACUUCUUAAAGACAAUGUUGCUAGUGGGACUGGCGGGGGAGGUGGUGGAGGGCCUCCAAUAGCUGUGGUGAAAAAGGAGCCUAAAUCAAAGACACCCUUCAUCUGUGGCUACUGCAACAAGGCCUUCCGAGACAGCUACCACCUGCGGCGGCAUGAGUCUUGCCACACUGGCAUUAAGAUGGUUUCGCGGCCUAAGAAGACACAAACAGCCCCCACCAUGGUGCCGCUCAUAUCCACUGUACCACGUGAGAAUAGCGGAAAUCCUUCAUACAUUACUACUGUAGCUGGUAUCCUGACUACAGCCACCACGUCAACAUCCACAGGCACUAGCAUCAUGACCCCAAUGCAGCACCAACAGCAACAGAGUAUCCCCAAAAAGCCCCCCAAACCAGUGAAAAAGAAUCACGGCUGCGACAUGUGUGGUAAGGCCUUCAGAGAUGUGUACCACCUCAACCGCCACAAGCUGUCACACUCUGAUGAGAAGCCGUUCGAGUGUCCCAUCUGCCAGCAGAGGUUCAAGAGGAAGGAUCGCAUGACAUACCAUGUCCGCUCCCAUGACGGUGGAGUUCACAAGCCUUACAUCUGCUCUGUCUGUGGGAAGGGCUUCUCCAGGCAUAAGUGACUGGCAGUGGAACCACUCAGGGCCACGAAAAGGUGAGUUGACGGUAGGAGAGAUUUUAAAUAACUCCUUCCAAGUCCUAAUUGACAACUCUCACAAAGAUGCCAACAACGUGCACAACAACUCGGCCAGUACGACGCCAGUCACCAACUCAGCAGCUAUCACCUCAGCUGUAAACCGUGGCGGCAACGCCAGCAAUCCCGUCACCAUCGCCGCUCAGAUGAACAUCGCCACCAGCACGGUCAACAUCACGUCGCCAGUCAACCUGCAGCACCCAGUCACCAUCACCGGCCCUGUGAACUUGGCCUCUGUCAACAUCCCUACAACGGCACACAUGAAUAUCGCCCACCCGGUGGCUAUCACCACUCCCAUGCCCAUGAAUAUCACAGGGCCGCUCAACAUUGCCAUGAGGCCCAUGGAGAGCAUGCCUUUUCUAUCCCAAGUUCUGCCUUCCUCCCCUCCCUGGUAGAGCCCUUUUAGCCCAUGUAAGAGCUGGUCAUGUUUUAACUGCCUAAUAAUGGAUGAGCCUGUCAAAUCUUAGUAAAGGCCCUCUAAAUGGGUUGAUAGUGUAUUAAACUUGAAAAGGUGAUAACUAAUGUAAUACAACCACAGAUAGUAACCAGUGAUUACGGCAUAAUUUGUCAAUUCUGAAUUUUAUUUGUAUUUAUAGAACAAACGUUUCAGAUACCCUUAAUCACUGUUGGGCUUACAGUCAUGUUAGGGGUCCAGCUAAUGAAUACUUUCAUUAUCAAUUAAUUUAUAUGUUUCUUGAUUAAUUGUAAUUAAAAUCAGACAGUUCUUAAAGAAUCUCUCAAUGUGGUGAAAACUGUUGGCAAAUCAGUUUAUUAGUCAUCAACUAAGCUGCAGAGUAUUGGCCUACAUAGCAUAUGCACUUCACAGGAGAAUCCGUCAAAUCAACGGUUUAUUCUAUCAUAGGUAGUGUUUUUUUUAUAUAUAUAUAUUUUAGAUAUUGUAAUAUAGGACAUUUCUAGAAAUUGAAUAGAGAAAAGUUUUAUUGAUUCCAGAUGGAAGUUUCUGUUUUUGGCUAACCCAGUGAAUUAAUUAUAUGACAGAUCAAGGUACUUAACACAUUGAUGCAAAAACUCAAUCACCAUAAAGCAGUCCUGUUCAUGGAUUUACAAUAUUGCCCUCACUGCCCUGAUAGUGCAGAAGUGAGAGAUACCUCAUUGUAAACCAUAUGGCAUCAAUUCUGAUUGAAUUCUGAGUUAAUCUGUCGUACUGCUCACAGCUCUUUACCUAUUAGUUGAGUUUCUGAGGGCCAAGUUGAUCUCAGAUAUGAACAGAUAAUCUGAUGCCUAAGUGUCAUUUAUUAAUUUCUCCUUUAGCUAUCAACUGCAUUUCACAGUCUUCAUCAGAGGAUGGGGGUUACACAGUUGUUAAAGUGUGACCUCCAGAACUCCAGGCAUAACAGGUGAUCAUAUGGUCUUUAUUGGCCUCCAUCUACUGAUCAAGACCAUGGUAUACAGUUGAAAGCUUGCAAGUGGUCUUGAAGAUUAUUUAGUCAAACUACUGUCUCCAAUGUCAAGGGUGCUCUGAUAAACUCAUAUUUCUUACCUCUUGACUACUUGAAUGAUGUCACAGGCCGCAGAAUACUUCAGAUAACUUAUUUCACAUGCUAAUGUGACCCCAUGCCUUCAGGUGGGGAGGACGUUCUGUGCAGACCUUGUGUAUGUAAAUAAUGACCAUUUUAUGCCAAAGAUUUUCUAAGUAUAGUGUUUCCCCCUGAAUGCUAUAUUUUAACACAUAAGGGGGAAACCUUUUAAACAGCAUUGAGACCUUCAUGGGACACUAAAUUCUCCUUUUAAAACACAGUAAUGAAAUUUGUCCCUGCAGCCACCCACCCUUCAUCACUGUACUACCACCUCUGGAGCUGCGGUGUGGUGUGAGCCAACACAUACUGGGGUUUACCCAGUUACAUUGAAAUUUCCCAUCAUAUUAUUGCAAUAAUAAUUCAACGUUUUGCAUCAUUUUAAUACGUGAUCAUUUGUAUAUUAAUGUUAAAUUGCUUGCAUUACUGUAAGUUUAUCACAUUCAAAAGGUUUCAUUACACUUUCAAACUAGUGUUUUCUUCCACUGUAAGAUGGUUUCAUAUUAUUGGGCAGUUACUACAAUAUCAGCUGCUGCAUGUUCACCCAUAUUGUUUGCAUUUAUCCCCAUGCUUACCCCUUUUUCAAACUUGAGUAGUUUGUUUUACUCUGACAGAUAGUUGAGGCUGAGUCGGCUCAUAGCAGCAGUGUUGGCAGUUAACACAUUAUACGCUGUGCAGAUGCAAACCCUCUUAGAGCCCUUUUCCAAAGUCUUUCAUUUCUCUUUAGCCACUGAAGGACUGUGUAGGUCUUGUAAAAGUGACCAGUUGAAAAUGAUUUCAUCAACUGGCCAUCUGACUAUAAACAUGGUGAUGCGUGAUACCUUACUAUACCUUAGGCAUUGUUUAACAACUCCUUAAAUGGAAGUGUAUUGCUGGAGUUGUUCUUAAAUGCUUCCAGUUAAGGCAAAUAUUGUCAUGUUCUUUUUUUCUAUUGUUCUUUUUAGUGGACUUAUCAGUAUUUGAUAGUUUAUGUAUUUUAAAGUUUAAUUAUAAACAAACAAAGCUUCCAUUUUGGGGGAGGGGGAGUGAUUUUGUGGAGUUCACUGAUGGUUCAGAGGCUGUUUUGAUCAACCAGUCCCCCUAUGUCUGUAUUUUAAAACAGCUGGAAACCAGUCACUCGUAAUACUCUACACAAGUUUGUGUGACAUCUGUUUGGGAAUUUUUGUAUGUAUUUAUAUCAGGACAUGACAGUUGAAGGUACAGCAAAGAGGAAAUGUGUCGUACUGAAAGCAUGUCCCCUAGGUUUUGCCCUUAAAAUGGCAGUAUUAUCAAAGGUCAAAUGAUUUUAAAUUUUGAUUACUGAGGACUUUAAUUGUAGAGGUCAAGAGAGCCAUCCAGUGGCUCAUUAGACUCUGUACUACAAAAGCGGUCCCAAAGUUAACUUUUGUGCUAUGUUCAGUUGGUUAGAUUGUUUACUUUAGCAGGUAUAGGAUCCCAUCACUGUCAGUCAAACUCAGGAAGGUUACUGAGAAAAGUCUUAACACCAUGUUCAACAAUUUACACACUGACCAUUUCUUUGUAAAUAUGAAACACUAUUUUAUUGCCUUUUACCUGUGGGAGGGGGAUCCUCUCUACAUACCACAGGCUAGCAAUGCAAGAACUCUAUCACCACUGAUGUGGCCGUCCAUCCUGGAGAGGACAGGGAAACGAGCAGAGUAAAGGAUAAGGCUGGUGUCAGUAUCUUUUUAUUAUCAACGAAUCCCAUAAAAAGGCUAAAAAACAAACCAAUGUCACCUGUAACUACGGCUGGAUAUAGCUUCUGCUGCCGUUACCAUACCAUACCAUACCAAAAACAGUUCACCCUUUUUACAGUUUUAUGGCAGUGUUAGUAAUAUGAGGCUGUAACUACCCGUCAUAUGUCGAUUAUUAUUAUUGUUAUUAUUUUAGAUAGUAACUCCAGCCUUAUCCUUUUACAGAUUCAUUUUCUCUCUAGAUCUCACUUGCAUAGCUCAGAGUGUUGUUUAUUUUUUUGUUAUUUUAUUAUUGUUGUUUUUUUUUAAUCCUGGCAGUUUAUCUUUAGUGGAAAAUUGAGGCUGUGGUCACAAAGGAGGCUUCAGUGUCCUGCUCAAAGCUCAGGUGUACCUGAAAAAGCAAGAUGUCACACCUACCCACAUACCCACACCUCUUGCUGUGUGGGUAUUGUACCUCUGUGUAUACUAUUUCUGGAGUCCACUUGAAGGAUGUGUUCCCCUAGGCCCCUUUUCCACCAAGUUAGUUUUUGGGACCUUGGUGUUAUCUAGCAUAUGAGCCCAAGUUUCAACAAUAGUAAUCACAUGCAUCACCAACAUAGGGCACUCCACAAUGCACAACGACCUGUAGAAUAUGACACACCCAAAACCUGCAAUUUUUUGGUUCCAGUUGGGAAUAACUUUUCAGGUUCCGAACCAAUUUAUUUUUGGUCAGAGUGCCCCACACUGUUCAAAACUACAUGCUUGAAGCAGAAUGGAGUCAGUUCCCAGUUGGUGGAAAAGGCCUAAAGGACUGCGACCGUGCAGACCGUCCACAUGGUCACAACAAAUUGGCAGUACACAGAUGUCUGCACUGCAUUUUGGGUUGAUGGCUUGAAGCUGACCCAUAGUGUUGAUAUUUUACAGUCUGGGAAUGAGACAAAACUAUCAACUAUCGUUCUCGACUCUGAUUGGUUGUUUUCAUUCAGUCCCAGUGGAUUCUUGCAAAUGCCAUUAGCAGCACUAGGAGGAGCCAGAGGAACCUGAUUGUUGCACAGAAUAUCUGUCUCAUGUACUACUGUCAGGAUAUAGUGAAAGUUUCAGUGAAUAUGAGAAGACAUAUUUUUAUAAAAGUUACCUACUGCAGCUUUAAUGGACAGGGAGAAAAACUGCAGCAAAAAGUGAAUCAUAUCUUCCAACAGCUCCACCUAGAGUCCCCGUUGGAGUACUGCGCUGUGCCUGAAUUUCAGACGUGUUCAAUGCAACGCAUUCAGAACAGGUUUACAGAACUCACCAGGUCACGACCAAACCCGUGGACCGUGACUGAACAAAGUCUCCUUUGUGAUCGCAGCCUCAGUAUUUCCUGCACCAGGCUUUGCAUACUGUCCCACAGUUCCCUGGCUGUGUGUUUCUUGGAGAACCCAAGUGAAUUAGUUUGUAGAUGUGAAGCCUUUUAGUAGUUAAGGGCCUUUUCUUUCAGUGCAGGAACUCUGAAGCACUUGCAGCAAACUGUAGGUUGUGCACACUACAGAAGAGUGGUACUUAGAGGUGCAUUUCAAUGAGGUGGAAUGAGACAAUGAUUGGUGUUUGUUUUAUAGUUCACCUGGCCACAUCUGCAUUUUGGCAGCCCAGAUGUUCGGCCCAAUAAUUUCAUUGUAUGCAUGCCAACACUGUCCACCAAAGGAGAUGCUCUAAUGUGGAACAGCAUUAUGAACUGAUUCCCAUUCCCGUUUCCCAUCUUUUUUUUUUUUUUUUUUCUUUUCCAAUGUUGCAUGUGGAUGACUGACCUUGUCCAGUGUAGGUUUGAGUUCAACAACCGUUAUUAGAAGGGUAGUGAAUUUUUAUGAAAACAAAACACUAAAAAAAAAUUAGGAUGAAAGGAAGUGUGUGGUGUCAAUUGUCCUUCUCCAGUGGCCGUAAACAAAGUGUGCCUGAAAUACUUUGCAAGACUUUUCCACGCGUCGAUGCUUCCUCCUCUAGAUGUGCUGUGUGGUGGAAUCGUUUUGUGAAAGAAGCCUUCAUCAGUUCAGACGGCCGAGGGCCCCACAGUUCUGACAGCCAAAACCAUGUUGUGAUUAGCUUUUUUUUUCAUUAUUAUUUUACACCCAAUGAUUGUGAAGUUAUUCUACUUCAGGAACAACCUUAAAUUAUGAAUUGACAUCUUUAUUUGAGGUCCUAUAAAUGUAUUGGUGAUAUCAAACCAUGUGGUUUAAUUUUUUAAUUUGACUCCAACCUAAUGUGAAAAACAAACCAUUUAUUUGGGCAAAAUAAUUUGGUAACUUUUUUUUCUUUCUUUUCUGUGAAGUUUGUAUGAUGAAUUUGGCAGAUGUGAAGGCAAAUGAAUGUAUAUCUUUGUACAAACCAUUUAGUUCAGAGGACAUGUUAGUUAUGACACAUGCAAGAAAAAAAACCUUUUAUAAAUCUUUUUGUAUUAGAACAUUAACAAUGGUAAUUUUUGUAUAUACAAAGGUUAGGCUUUCUGAUUAGCAGAAAGGUAAAACAUUCCUACAUUUUUUUUAAAUGUAUGUCCAUUGAGAAUAAUUAUGGAAACAUAUGCGCAAUGUUUUAUGUGCCUUUUAUUUGGGUUUGUCUAAAUAAAAGAAAACAAUAAAACAUGAUUGUGGACUGUCCAUGCUGAGUCCCACAGAGGAAAGUCAAUCCUGUCCAUCUCAGCUGAAUCUCCAGACUGCCCCCCCCUCUCCCCGCACUCAAGACACUCCCCUAGAUCAGGACUCCUUUCUGGUCUUAGAUGCUUUUCCUAGCUUUAGUUGAGGUUUCUGGGAGGCUGAGAUUGUCGGUUAAGUCCCCGGUCUGUACGGAUGGCUCCUCACUGUUGGCCUGCUCAUGAUGAAAGUGCCUCUGUGACUUCGCUUAUUGGAGUGGAUUGUGGGGGAUUUGUGCCAAAUCAUGGUCUGUAUGUGACGACAAAAACAUUUCGGUGUUUUUUCAUUCUUUAACUAUUAAACUUGGAAAAUGUGA